AUGAAGGCUGUAGCUCUCUUGAUUUGCCUUGCAGGAUCAGCUUUUGCUACUCCAACUCAUCCCUUAAACUACAAGCUUGGAACCCAUGGACAGAAAACUCCAGAAAAGCACAUGUAUAUCAAUCCUGAAGCCUCACAGGAAGAGAAUGCAGAGUAUGUAGACACGGGUGAUUUGCUGCCCAGUCACAAAAACCUAAAACCAGAGGUGUCAGUACCAGACACUGAGCAUAGGGAUGUGCCCCAGACUGCUAGAAAACAAGGAAGAACUGGUAGCGAGCAUCAAGGGAAAAAUAGCCUAAAAAGCAUCAAUUUCCUUGCACUGCACAAUAAACCAGGUUCGGCUUCUGAUAACCAGGACGGUGACUCCGGAAGCAGUGGCAGAGAACAGUCCAACUCUGAGCAUUACCAGUUCAGGAGGCAUGAGAAGCACAGCAAUUCGGCCAAUGGACAUGUUCCAGGCAAUGCAGGAAAUCCAGUGGAUGCUCUCAGUCUUGAUCAUGAGCAUAACACGCGGAAAUCUAAUAAAAAUAUACUUAGCCUAUCUGAAAAGAACACUGAAAGCGAUGAAGAAGAGGAUGAGGAAUGGGGUGAAGAAAUUGAUGACAGAGAUACAAAGCACAAAGGCCACCAGACAAAUCAGGGUAACCAACACAAAAGACAGCAAAAUGAAAACAGUAUGCAGUCUGAUGAAAUCCAGAGAGAUUCCAGUCGACCAGUCCGGAUAACCACGAGACACGGUGAGAAAUUUGACCUAGAGGAAGAAGAGAGGGAGCACAGCCAGCAGAAGCCCUAUAAAGAAGAAAUCCUCCUCUCUCAAAAAACCCAUAAUGAAGAUCAGGAUGACAAACAGCAAAGCCAAGAGAGGAAAGACAACAUUCAAAUAAACUAUCAGAGUGAUCACAAUACAGUGGUGAAAAGACAAGAGAUGGAGGACAGUAACAUGGAUGAUGAUGGUCACGACAGCAGUGAUGUUGAUGGCAAGGAAGAUCUCAGUGAUACCUGGAAAGAGGCGGUUUAUGAGGAAGAGGAGAGAAUCCAGACUAAUGACCAGGAGAGCACCAGUACUGAGCACGAAGAGGAAGGACCCACCGAAGAUGACACUGCAGUUCAUAGAGAGACCGAGGAUUACCAAGAUGUCAAGGUUAAAGACCUUAUAAACUCUGAACAAGAUGAUUACGAUCAUGAGCCACCUAAUCCUGACAGCGAGCAACACCUGGAAACAAGUAGCUCUGUUCAGAGCAUGAACUCAAAGGAAAGUGAAGCCAAGGUUAAGACUACAGGCAGUUCCUAUAAUGAAAUGGAAAGUGCAAGCAACAGGAGUGAGAAGGCACACCCAGACCCAUGUAGGAACUUCCACUGCAAAAGAGGUAAAGUCUGCCAUGUGGACAAACAAGGGAAACCCAGCUGUAUUUGCCAAGAUCCUGCUUCUUGCCCUUCCACCAAAGACUAUGAACGUGUUUGUGGUACGGAUAAUAAGACCUAUGAUGGCACAUGUCAACUCUUUGGCACCAAAUGUCAACUUGAAGGGACGAAAAUGGGACGGCAGCUGCAUCUAGACUAUAUGGGCUCCUGCAAAUACAUCCCCCACUGUACCGAUUAUGAAGUGGAUCAGUUCCCUCUCCGGAUGCGAGACUGGCUCAAAAACAUCCUUAUGCAAUACUAUGAACGUGAUCUGGAUACUUCUGGAUUUCUAACUGAAAAGCAAAGGAAUAAGGUCAAAAAAAUCUACCAGAACGACAAGCGCCUCGUGGCUGGCGACCACGCAGUUGAGCUGCUCCUGCACGACUUUGAGAAAAAUUAUCACAUGUAUGUGUACCCUGUGCACUGGGAGUUUCAUCAGCUUGAUCAGCACCCCGUUGACAGAGUACUAACACACUCGGAGCUCGCACCUUUGAGAGCCUCUCUUGUUCCCAUGGAACACUGCAUAACCCGUUUCUUCCAAGAGUGCGAUGGGGAUCAAGACAAACUCAUUGCUUUGAAGGAAUGGUGCCACUGCUUUGGGAUUAAGGAAGAAGACAUAAACGAAAGUCUCCUGUUCUGA